CUCUCUCUUCUCUCUCUCUCCAUAUAUAUAUAUAUAUAUAUGAUAUCUUCGAUGGAGUGCCAUAGCGAACUGGCACCUUUAAUGGAAUCAUCGUCUUCUUCCUCCUCUGCAGGUUCAAUACUAUUCGAUCAUCCCAACGUUAACGUUGCUGCAGCAAACGACGUCGUCUCCGAUGACACCACUAGUACGAGGAGGUUGCCUUUCCCUCUUCCGACUCCGAGGAACCACUUCGGAUUUAACGAUGAUCAUGACGUGUUCCCCCGCGCCGCCUCAGCCUCAGCCUCUCACUGCUCAAGUUUUCCCCCCACCUCUGACAGUGACAACCCUAACUUAUUCUCCCUAUCGGAACCCCAGCCGUCCGAUCAUCAGGUCACGAUCCAAUGGCUGAAAAUCAGCGCCGCGAUCCCUUCAACCGCCGGCGGCUUCAGCGACUACUGGCUCGGCGCCACGGCAACCCAACCGACGACGAAAUUCUCCGGCGGCGGAAAGUCCCCGGCGGGGCCGCAGCGGAAGCUCUUCCGCGGCGUACGGCAGCGCCACUGGGGAAAAUGGGUGGCGGAGAUCCGGCUGCCGCGCAACCGGACGCGCGUGUGGCUGGGGACUUUCGACACCGCCCGGGAGGCGGCGCUCGCCUACGACACGGCGGCGUACAUCCUCCGUGGCGACUACGCCCACCUCAAUUUCCCGCAUUUAAAGCAUCAAAUCAACGCCGGGAACUCCACCAUGGCCAGGAGCACCGCCGCGCUCCUCCAGGCCAAGCUGCAAGGCACCGCCGAGAAGAGGGCCGCCGCCUCCGCCGCUGCCGAGAGUGCGGAAUCCGGCGGCGGAAACGGAAAUUCGGAGACGGAGAAGAAGAUCUGCAGCUCGUUGUCGGGUGAAGAGACCGGUGGCGACGAGGCGGUGCAGCUGAGCCGAAUGCCGUCGUUGGACAUGGACGUCAUCUGGGAUGCUCUGCUCCGCUAGUCUCCGAUCAUACCGAUUCCUCCCGGCCAAUCGCGCAUUGACACGUGUGUGCUCUCCUUAACUUUCUUGGAGUUGUUUUUUUUUCUGAUUUUCCAAUUGUGGCAUUAACUUUCUUUACAUUAUUAAUACAAUCGAAUGAUGUGUUUGUUUGGGGUUUGGGAAUUUGAGUUCACUUGGUACAAAUUUUGAAUUUGAUUAA